AUGGGUUUACCAAGGGAAUGUGCUGAUAUAUCAGGACAGCAUCCUGAUGGUGAAUAUAAGAUAUAUCCAGAUGGAAUAUCAGCAGUUUCUGUCUUUUGUGAUAUGCAUACCGAACAAGGAAAAUGGACGGUAAUACAAAGACGUAUAAACGGAUCCGUGGACUUUGAACGGAAUUGGGAGACGUACAAAGAGGGCUUCGGUAACAUAAACGGGGAAUAUUGGUUAGGAAACGAUGUCAUUCACGAGAUAACCAUUCAUACCCGACAUGAAUUAAGAAUUGACAUGUACGACUUUGAAGGUCACACCAAAUACGCUAAAUAUUCAAUGUUCAUGGUUGGGGAUGAGAAAGGUGAAUAUGAGAUGUCAGUGUUUGGAUACAGUGGCAAUGCAGGAGAUUCGAUGGCAUAUCAUAGUGGUAAGCUGUUUUCUACCUUUGAUAGGGACAACGACAUGGAUACCAGGAAAUGUGCUAAACUAUAUCAUGGAGGCUGGUGGUACGAUCAUUGUCAUGAUGCUAACCUGAAUGGACGGUAUCUUUCGGGAUCCAGUCCAUAUGGAAAGGGCAUAAAUUGGCCAGCAUGGCAUGGCUUAUACUACUCACUUAAAUCGGUGAAAAUGAUGAUCAGAACACUAAACUAA